CUCAACUGUCUACUGAUUGCAGCUCUUUGUGGAGGUGCAGAAGAAGCAGACGUGAUAGUCAACGUACUACCAGCCUUCGUUAGAGGUCUUGCAUUGACUGCGAUAUCUUCUGUGGAUGUGGAACCCCAAGGACGCAGUUGUAAGAGCGUCGGAGGAAGGGUUCAACCUGGAUGUUGAGGAAGAAGCAGUGAGCCAGUGUAAGCUCAGGUGGUUCGUUGACCGCUAGUAUACAUCGGACGCCCAUCCAGUGUGGGUUCGCAAACUACUUUCAGCCUUGGCCUGCGACUAGUAUCAACGAACAUUCUCAGUUGACCAUUCGUCACUUACGAGGCUGGUUUAAAAAGCAUGGAGAACGAUAAUCUGGGGGUAGAGGACCUGCCGGACGAUUUAACGCCGUUCAUUAUUCGGACAACUCUGGACCACGUUGAAGGAGGUGCAUCUGGUGAUGUCUGGAAAUGCAAUUACAAUGCCGAUGGUAUUUCAGCCCCCGUUCAAGUUGCGGUCAAGGCCUUCAGGUUUUCACAGCGGGAUGGUUUGGAGACGAUCAACAGGAAAAUCAGCCGAGAAAUUGGCAUUUUGAAGAUUCUACGCCACAACAACAUUGUACCGUUGUGGGGUAUAGCGACAGGAUUUGGACGGAUGCCAGAGUUACGCUGCUUGGUGUCUCCGUGGAUGCCAAACGGCACAUUGAAUGACUACCUAGAGUCUAACCACGACGAUCUAACGGUUCUGGACCGUUUUCGUAUGCUGGAGGAUGUCAGCGCUGGACUCCGUUACUUGCACUCGAUGUCUGUCGCGCAUGGCGAUAUAACAGGGGCGAAUAUACUGAUUGACGAAGGAGGCCAUGCGAAGCUAAUCGAUUUUGGUCUUUCCACCAUUGUUCGACCCCUUCUUGGUCAGUCACACUUGGCUGCGUCAUCUAUACGCCCAGGUGCAAUCCGCUAUGCGGCACCAGAACUCGUUCUAUCAGAUGAUGUCCGUGAGCUGCCUUUGGAAAAAAUUGAUAUCUACUCAUUUGGUUGUGUAAUGCUUCAGGUUCUCUCGGGUCGGCUCCCUUGGUCUGAGAUCAAGGAAAGACCAGAAUCGCGCAUUCCUGUUAUGAUAUCCAAAGGGAGUGGACCGCAACGUCCAGAUGGUCAUCCUGCAAUAAUAGACUUGGAUUGGAACUUCAUCCAAAAAUGUCUGCAACCCGAACCCGAACUGCGACCUUCAGCACACGAAGUAUUUGACGUUGUCAUGGAUAGGUUUUCUUCCUCAGAUUCGUCCAGACCACCUGACGGUCCUCCCGAUGACGCACAGGAUUUAUUCCCCGGAGCUUCCCCUCGUGAAGGUUCUGGUGACUCGGACACGGCAGAACAAAUGCACAACAGUCUAUCACUCCACCCUGCUCAUGAAGCGAAGCCUUCGGUUUUGAUGCCUCGAACCCAGGUGUCUUGCCCUAGUUCAUCAUAUUCAAGCCAUCCCCAUCCCCGAGUGACUCUCAACAAUGUGCUUCAAAGCCUGUAUGGACCGAGUGUACCGGAGCAUGUAAGAUGGGAACUUUUCUUCCAAGGACCUCCUCACGCUCUUACCUGGAUGGCUACAAUAUACAUUCAUGACAUGAAUUACGGCUAUGGUCAAGCGGCCACGAAGGGCGCAGCCCAAGACAAAGCAGCAAUGAUGGCACUGGAACGCCUGCAAGGGGGACCUGCAGACUCUGCAGAGUCGACGAAGCGGACAGAUGUACCGGAGACACGAUCCAACGAAGAUUGACAAGGUGCGGGCUCGCUCGACUGACAAUCAUACAUAUUCCGAGAGAUAUGCACACUAGGUGGUACUGGUUCACAACUCACGAAAUCAUUCAUUGAUACCAAAGGCCGCUGAUGUAU